AGGAGCUGGAAAACCCGUGCCGCCGGACGGAGACGCGUUACGUACGCGACCUGACGCUGCGCGCGAAACUGCAAACCGUCCACGUGGCGCUGGCUGGCUCCUCGGAACACGCGCGUUUCAUUAAUUUAGCAAAUCGCAGGCGAAACGAAAAUCGGGCCGGUUCGUGCCGGCAACGCAUCCGGGUGGCCGAAAUCGGAAUCAAAAACAGUUCCGCUACAAUCUGCGGAAGGAAGUGGUUUUCGCACGCUUGGAUUAGCGCACGGCCAGCAAAGUGCUACGAGCGCGGGUGUUAUUGUGUGCUAGUGAGUGUGCAACUAAAGAACGACCCUAAUUAGCCAUUUGCGCCAUUAAACCGCAACCGUGGAACUGCGGUGUUCGGUGUCUGCACGAAAGAAAUCGUCCCUGAAGGAGGGCCCCCGGGCCCCCAUCGCUGCGGAAACAUUAUCCCGUGUCAACAAGUGGCAGCAAACAAUCCGCCCGGCCCCAAAACAGCAGGCUAGAGAGGAGUGAGUGGUGUGGACGGAACGCCAAAUAAACGUACCCGUAUUUCGCUGGACGACGACGAAGGCGACAAACGCAUACCAGCUCAGUCUCAGGUCCGGACAAGCGAAAGGAGCGAAAAACAUCAACGCAAGUGUACCGAACUUUUCCUUCCGACCCGGUACGAAGACGAAAGCCCCACGAAAGGACGACAAAAGGCCAAAACCGCAAGCCGCAAGUCGCAAGCCGUGCCUGUGUGUGUGUAACGUGUGCGAGGGAAAGUUAUGGGCCGUCGUAUGUAACGUGGUCCCGUUGCUGCUGAUCCUGACGACCGGGCGCUACCAACAAAGCGAACGGGAGAAUUAAAACCCGAGCCCGAGACCGAGCUUUUCACACAUUUCAUUUUCAAAAAACGGGGUUCAUCACACCUCGGGACGGAUCGCACCCGGACGUGUCCUGAUAUCCUUCCCGGGAGCCUAAGGAAGCACGGUCUCGCGUACGAGACGUCCCGGAUUGACCCGUGCGGUGGGCGACCUCAAAACCCGGCCGCCCCGGAAGCAACAACAGCAGCACCAGGAUGAAGAUUAGGCGAACCGUGCACGUCACUGGCAACGGUUGCGGCACUGUCUUUCAUCUGCUGCUCGUCACCAUGGCAGCGCUCGUGCGGCAGGUGACGACGGAGGACUGUGGCCAGGAGGAGCUGGUGCAGUGCACGCGACCGCUGCAGGUCCUAUCGGCCACAUCGGAGCUGUCGUUCGUUACGAAAAAGGAGGAACUGGAUAAACUUUGCCCGGAUCUGCACACCGGACUGCACUGUAUCCGCAGCUACACCAGACGCUGCAUGAAUAUUCAUCAAAGAGAUCACUUCAACAAACUGUACCACGGCACUAAUGAAGUGAUACACGAGCUCUGCGAGGAAGGAUCUUAUCAGGAAGACUUUCUUAGGCAUGCACCGUGCAUGCGGCACGUGAAAAAGGACUACGAGGUCUGUGCGGCCCGGUACCAGAGCACGAUGGCCAAGAUCGGCCAAACGGUGGCAACCACAACGACGACAACGACGUCGUCCGCCUUUCAGUACCACAUCGGCACUACGAUGGCCACACAUCCGGCGGCCGCUUUCAGCAGCAGCGGCCAGUACCACACCGGUGACAUGAGCCAGCAGCAGCAGCAGCACCAUCGCCGACAGCAGUUCGAAAAUCAUUCAGGGGCCAGGGGCUAUCAUCCGCCAAACACCACGAAAUCCAUUGAAGACGCCGAGGAGGAGCGCCUAAAAACGGUUUGCUGCGCCUUCCAGAAGUACAUGCAGUGCUCGGAGUUCACCGUACGGCAUGCCUGCGGCGACGAGACGGCGCUCUUCACGCGCAGAUUCCUCGACAAGAUGUCCAACACGCUGAUGCGGAUGCACUGCGUCGAUUACACGCCGGAAAGUGGCAAAUGUCGGGAUUACUUCAGUUCGAGCGCGACCCGGACGGGUUCGUUUGUGCCGUUCUGGGGUUCAUCAAAUAUCAAUAUGCUCACCGUGGCGGUCGCGGUCGUCAACGUCGCCCUGGUCGUGCUGCUGCAGCAGCGUUCGAGCACAUUUAUUUAAUCGCCACCACCGUCGAUCGUAGAUGAUCUUCGCGUACCGGGACUACCACAGUCCAGCUGGUUCAUCGGAACAGCCGGCCAUCAUCAUUAUCACCAGCAUCAUCGACGAUGACAAGUCCAGCUCAUGAACUCACCCAGCAAGAGCGAGCGCAUGUGUGGGGCAAUAAUAUGUAACCGGAGUGGCCGAUGCAGAUGUGAGAAUGGAAAACAGCUGGAAAGAAACGGGCAACGCCGAAUGUGUAAUAACGGCACACAGUAACCACGGUAGGUGGAGCCGCUGGUUUGCAUGUUGCAGCUAUAAGAAUGCAAAUGAAAAAAUAUGAAGCGAAAGCUACGGAAGGUAGAACAAGCCCCAGCUGCUACAGUGCCGUGGGCGGAUGCUCACGGGUUUCAAGACGAUGGAAGUUGCAGUUCUAAAAGGGCAGCAAAACCGGGCACACUAACUGUAACCUAUGCAACGUUUUCCCUCCUGUAAUUUGUUUAGUUUAAUCUUCGCUUCGCACUCGCGCCACAUUCGUUUAAAUGAUACUCAAACCCCGGUGAACGGUUGCUACCGUUGGCGCACGGAUCAAAACGAAUCGUCGCCGGUAGCCGGAACCGGCGUUGUGCUGGCAGGCAAGCGGAAAGCUAAGGGAGCGUGCUUUCGUUCCGUCUGUUGUUAAGUUUUGUCACUCUAAACGUACGAACGAAAGGUGUCACUAUUUAUUAGCGCUGCAAGUACUACACUCGGAAGAAAAUUUAAAUAAAACUUUAGCUUCUCCAAACUCUUUCCAAAACUAACGACAAAUUGAAACGAAUCCUAAAGCUUAAACUCGCUCUCGUUCACACACGAUAUCGAUAUUUUUGCUGUGGCCCAGGCGAAACAUAAAGAAAACCGAAAACUUUGUUAAUUCUUACCUAAAGUGUUGGUCGGAUACGGAUAGCUGGAGAGCGAUCGGAAUCGAUAGAAGAGAAAAGGGGGGAAGAGAGAGAGGAGUUUAGCCAACAAUGCCCGUCAUUGAUUGAAGUUGUAUAUGGAACAUAAAACAGUGGACGGAAUAGUGUGUAAAGCGUUGUAAGAGUUGUAGCAAAAAUUUAAACAAACUAACGAAUAACAAAAGAAAAGCGAUACGAAGCACGCACGCAUGAGGCGCUACAAAAAAUGAGUAAAAUAAAAGAAACCAAAA